AUGCGCGUUCGCCGCGUUGCGUGGUGUUUUGCAUUGCGAAAGGGCGCGAGUUUCGUGGCGGUCGUGGCGCUUGGACUCGGUCUCGCGUCACCGGCUUCUACCGCCGCUUCGGUCAGCUUUGAUACAGCAGCCAAGUCGACGAAACUGGCCGUGGCCGCUCUGCACGACAUCGGGAGCACCGUUGGUGAUGGUUUGAGCGCUGCCAAGACGAGCGAUGGCGCCAACGUGCGUCACAUUUUGCACUUUUCGGACGUGCACCUUAACAUUUCCAAGUCGCACAGCGAGCGCGAGUCGGCAGAGAUUCCGGUUGCCUAUGGAAACGACGCACCGAUGCGUUUGCUGGUCUCGGCGUUAGCGUAUGCGAAGACGGUGCUACCCGACCCGGAUCUAUUUCUCUAUACAGGGGACCACGUUGUGCGUGGAGAGCUCACGGACGAGUACCUCGCGGAAGUUAUCGAGAAGAACGUCAAGACCAUGGCCGAGUAUUACAACGUGUCUGACAGUGGCAAGAUGACGGGCAUCACUGCAGUCGUUGGAAACGCCGACACAAAUCCUAGCUAUAACAUGACGAUAACUGACCCGGCGAUAGAGGAAAAUCCGGAGAUCGCAUCGAUUGCUGGAGCGUGGCAAGAUUCAUUGUCCCAAACCAACCUCGAGUGGCUAAAACGCCGCGGAUACUUGGCGUACACGUUGGGCGACAAUCUGACUGUUCUCACGCUGAACACAGUCCCUUACUCGCCAGAUCAUGUACCGGAUACGUCGAGUGUGCUUGACCCGUUCGAACAGUUUGCCUGGUUGAAUGCCUCGUUGGCUGGCUUGCGGAGUGCUGGCAAGUAUGCUUACAUCGUUGGUCAUAUACCACCCGUUGUUGACUCGUUCGGUGGCUCGCCUAUGUGGAACGAGACGUACAUCAGAACGUACAAGAACAUCGUGUGUCAGUACUCGGAUAUCAUCAAGACACAGCUUUUUGGCCACGUUCACAGCGUUGAGUUCCGAUUGCCUCUUGCUCGUGGUCUGGAUUCGCUACUUCACCGCGACGGCGUGCUCGUAGCGGAUGAAGAGAAAGACAGCUCCGACCUGGUGCCAUUGUUCAUGGUGGCAGCGAUCUCUCCGAUAUUUUCGAGCAAUCCGGCGUUCAUGGUCUGGGAUUACGACCACACGACGUACGACUUGCUCGACUUCACGGUUCACGGCGGCAACAUCUCUUCUCUCGACGGGACUGUGGACUGGCAGCCGCUCUUCAAAGCAAGCCAAGAGUACGGUGUCAGCACGUUGAGAGCGUCGGAGAUUGCCAGAUUUGCGGCGCGUACAGCCACCGAUGCAAGGCUUCUUGAGCGAUAUUACUUCAACUCGAAAGCCCAGUCGCAUCUCCAGCCGUCGUGUCUAGACGUAUCGUGUCAAGCCAAGUGGCAGUGUUCGCUGUACUGGUGGUCGACUGUGCGUGUGGUCGUUACCACUGCCUUCGUGCUGCUCACGUCCACAAUGCGCCGUCGGGGCGGCGUCCAAGAGUCAUCAAAACUCUUGCAACGCCAGCGCGUCAUUGUUGCAUCGAUGGCAUGA